GUUCAGCCGCACCACCCUGCAGCUAAUGCAAUUCCAGACCACAUCGCAGUGCGUUUUCAUUCGUAGCGCAUGUAGCUGUCAAACUUGCCCUCGUAGCCAUUAUCCUAGUUAUAGCGGUCGGUUCCCAAGAUAUAAGCGUUUCGCUUUUAGCUUACUGCUGCCCCUGUGAGCCUUGACCGUCCUGAUACAAUGCCGAGAUUCGAUGUACACAGUUACCACCUCAAUGUCGGGGCUGGAGAUUCCGCGAUUCAUCUGCUCGUGGAGACAACAUCCUCAGCCGCGGGCGAUGUUUGGACUGUAAACAGAGCAGUUCUUGUAGAUGGCGGCCGUGGCAUUGGAUUUCCCGCCCUCGUCUCGGCCAUUGACCAACUUCCAACUUGGUACACCAUCACAACCACGUUUGGUGGGCACCCCCAACUUCAAUUUGACUCUAUCGUGGUCACACACUGGGACGACGAUCACUACACUGGCAUUGAAAGGCUGCUGUCGUCUGAUCUCCAAGAUCAAUGGAAGGCUGCUGGAAGCACGACAAGUCCAAAAGAUUUGAGGAGCAGGUAUAUGAAGUACGACAUGUCCGCGACCCCACCAGAACCACAGACCUUCUUUUACGCCCCUUACUGGGAAGCGGGUGAUACGAAUGACAAGAAGGGUAAACCCCGCCCACCUGGGCAUAUUAGUUCGUGGAGAAAAAAAGUCGACGGGACUGCAGAGUUCUUAGAUGUCUGUGUGGGGAAAGUCAAAGCUGAUGGGGACUGGGUGCACAAGGUUGCCAUCUUGUGCACGGAAACCGGAUAUGAGAAAAGUGAUCCAAAAGUUGGAAUGAUUGGCCGGGAUCUAUUCACGAAUAGUCCUCGCGUCAAGGCGGACCUCACCAAGAUCGGUGCACCUGCUGAAUUACUCUCUGCCACUACCACUGCACCUGGACUGUUCUGCAUUGGUGCCGACUCCAUUGUCAUCGGCCACGGCAAUGUUCUGGAAGCUCCGGGCACUCCCGACAUGCCAAUAGUAAUCGAGGGAGGAGAAAACACUCCAGUGAACCGGGCGUCCAUUAUCUGCGUUAUUCUGGCUCCCAACGGCACGGUUUUGCAUUACUUUGGUGGUGAUGUUGCCUUCGAGAGUGAAAAACUUCUUGUGGGCUGGUUCCACAAAUCUACCACACCUCCCUCCCUGCCUCCACGCAUCUUGGCUCUGAAGCUGGGUCAUCAUGGCGCAGCAACGUCUACGCCAACAGCAAUGCUCAAAGAACUAAGACCAACUACGGUGGUCGCAUCCUGCGGUUCAGAGUAUGGGCACCCAAGGUAUGAGGUGCUCAUGUAUCUACAAGCUCUCUUCAACUGGAAAGAGGGCAGGGUGCUGUCAACAACCUACCCGUACUGGUUCGUGUUAGUAAGCAGAUUUAGCAUCAAGGCCAUCAAUGGGGGCGACGGGCCAGGUGGAGCCUUUAAGACGUGGAGACAGGAACUUAGAGACAUGGCGGCAACGGGAUAUCCGCCCUUCAAUGAUGCGACCUUUGCCAGUAUAAAUGGGCUUGACUUUGACAAGGCUCCAUGGGACACCCUCAUGUCCGCAAUGUCUGACGCAGCCAUCAAAUCAAAGGUCAUGGAAGCCUGUGAACGCUGGUGGCCGACUAGGUCCGAUACUGACAACACACACACGGCCUUCAGCUGUAGUACUCAUAUCCAAUCGAAGAAAGCGGGCUCAUGCACUUUUGUCGCGAAGGGCGAUGAGCUCCUUUCGUGGCUCCUCCAAUUCGAACAGGACCCAGCAACUGGCGAAUACCACCAUCUGGAGUGUCUCCCAUGGUUAUACGGCGCCGAUACGUUGAUAAGACUGAACUACAUCCCUACCGACAUAACGGAGGAGAGGAAAGCAUUACCACCGCGUACGCACUUCCCAACGGCGGAUGUAGGGCCGGCAGGAAACACACGGGAAAUGCUCAAAAUCCGGCGUGGUGCGACGGCCCCCGUUGCAGCAACUGCGGCGGCUGAUCCCAAAGCUCUCGCCGUCAAACGAAGACGGGACAGCUUUUCUUUGUCGAGAAGGCCAGGAGAAAUCGCAGCUUCCCUCAAUCCGGUAGAACCCUCACGAGUGGCAGAAUUCGUUCCAAAGGAUAUCCCUCCGAGCGUCACGCCUUCUUGCUUCGCCUCUUCUGUCUGGCAAGACUUUGUGCAGUUUCUGGACCCAGUCCAGCGCGACUCGAACUUUGUCUUGUUGGCACCCGCCGAUGCGAAAAGCAACCUUGACACUUUCGUCUCGUGGCUGAGCAACAACACGGUCGAGCUCGCGGCAGACAGUAUAAAAGCAAGUCAACCGCAACCCAAACACUCAUCUCAAGAUGCUGUCUCCGUGUCGCUGGCUGCUCAUGAUCCAUGGUACCUUUGGAUGCGCUUAUUUCAAAACAUUCCCGCGAGCCAAUUCUCAUUCUCAGCCCUGUUGAAUGCCAAUCCGUGGCAAUUGAGCGGCUUUACCUAUGUCAUGGACGCCCAGACAUCCCUUUCCGACACAUUUUCGUUAUGCUUCUCAACCCAAUACGCAGCUGACCAACUUCGUCCGGAGUCAUCCUUGUACACUGACGGGUCUGUCCAAGACGCUGGGAUGGUAGUACUUGGUUUGCAGCCCGGUAGCAACUUCCCACCAACACUUUCUCUUGCGGAUGUCGCUACUCUUGUACAAUUUCGAUCGGGAAAAUCUGCCGCAUUGCCGUCAGAUUUGAGAUCCGACUGGAGCUUGCCGUUGUAUGGCUUGGCGGGUACGAUCGGACUAACUGUGGAUGAGGGGCCUGAUCAACAAGGCCAAGGACCACGAAACUGCAUUUGGUUCUCCUCCGCAGACUCAUACUUGACGACGCUCCGUCUUCAGUUCAAAAUUGACGAGGGUCCAGUUCAGAGCUGGCUGCAGACCCAUUUUCUGAGUGGCAUAAUCGCCUUCACAGGCAGCCCUUUGGUUAUUGCUCGCAAGAUUGCCAGACCACGACUCGAUAGUGCUGACUUCAUGGAUGGAUCGGCAUUCAUGGGGAUGCAGUUGAAUGCUGCGAUUAUGAUUCAACUUCCCCUGCGGCUCGAGACGUUUGACUUUGAACUCUUCUUCAACUUCGGCCUCCACUCAGCCGAGUUGAUAUUUGUGAAUACCCAGCAGGCUGCCCCCAACGGCUCUGUGGAUGCGAUGCUCGGCGCCUUUGAGAAGGCAAUUCACGUUCAGGGCAGCAGUUCUCUUCGUCUUCCCAACAUCACUGCCCACCUCCCUGAUUGGGCAGACUCGAAAGAUCUCGUUCUCCGCCAGGUCAAUGUAGUCGUCUCCAAUGAUGACAGUCAACCUCGCGUUCUCUCAGUGGCCGUUGAGUUUGAAUUCCCCAUUUCCAUGGGAAAAGCGCAGCGAUUAUUCCAUUUGAGAUUCUCCUGGCCGAGUGAAACCUUCACGGCCUCUCUGUGGGUCCCGCCUGCGCCGGUUCUGAUAGACGACUUGGAAUGGACCUCGGACUUGAUUGACCUACGCUGCCUCCCAGAGUAUGAAUCAUACAUGUACGGUGAAUGUAUGAAUGCAAAUUUGAAGGUGGCGAGUGUCGAGAUAACGGAUCUGAUUCCCGGAGGUUCAGUAAAGAUUGAUCACCCACCUGAGGGCAUUGACCUUGAAGUCAAACAGCUCACUUUAUCAAUCACUCUGGAACCAGAUGUGUCGGUGGAGUUUGUAGCCGCCAUAGGUUCGUCGGAUCAAACUUCAGGGGCGGUUCCACCAAUCCUCAUUGACACUGUUGACCUAUUGGCGACAUAUACUCGCCGUGCUGAUAAGACCACGUCUCUCUCUCUGACCCUUAUCGUGGCUUUGGACAUCAUUCCAGAUGAUGUGGAAAAAGAUGGUGAUGUAGGCGCCAGAUUGCUUGGCCAAUUCGACUACGACAGUGAGAAGAGCGCCGCAUUGAAGAGCUCCGCGAAUACCUCGGCGUGGAGCUUCUCUGGCACGCUUCGAACUCUCAAGUUCAGCUGGCUUCGAGAUUUUAUGGAUCCUCUCGCGAAGGACUUCCUGGUGGAAUUGUUGGCUGAGGUGGACGUCCAAUACCUAAACGUGGCCUACGACUAUGAGGCCAGCGGCACGAAAAGCGCUGUUGCAAAGUCUUUCACAUUCGAGGGCAUCAUCCAGAUCUCGGAGCUGACAUUCGGACUCUCCUACGUUUAUGACAAUUCCGGUUGGGAGUUCCGAGCCGCACUAGGUGGCUCCAAUGGCACUACCUACUUGAAGGAUGUGCUGCUCAAGUUCUGUCCCUCCGAAAUUGUCAAUCUAAUUCCAGAAUUCUGUAACAUCGUUUUGGGCGACGUGAAAGCACCGAGCGAUCUGCCGGGUCCCCUCCAGCCUCGGGGAUCACGAGCCGGCCUGGACGAGGUUCUAAUCUCUCAUAAGGCAACGCUGCCCCAUCCUUAUGUGCUCUUUGUACUCAAUCUGACCCUGAGCAAUGGCCAUAACCUUACAUUUCUGCAAAUCCGCUAUGACAAGGUUAAAGACCAGCCGUCGGCGCCAUCACCGAAACGAAUAAUCUCAUAUACAUCGAAAAUAUUCCCAGACAUGGAUGGCCCGGUUCCAACGGUGAACUCCUUACCGCAGCCAUUUGAUGAAAUGAAUUUCGUUUGGGUGCAUGACGAUUCUGGCGAAGGUAUCCUGCGGUCAGACCUAGCAAUCAUCAACACUGAAGACGUCCUUCCAGAGUCGCUGUGGAUCCCAUACAAGGAUACAAUUGCUCCUGUCUCUGCCCAACAAGGCACUGAUGUCCUCCUCUCCGUUGGCUGCCACUUUAUUGUCAGCUCAUCCUCUACGGCAAUCUUGGAUUACAAUUUUGGAGCCCCAGCGCCGAAGAGUCCGACGGCCUUGGCUAGGAGAAAGGCAACCCGUGAUCCGGCUCCAGAGCCUGAGCCUGCGCCAGAGGACGAGUCUUCGACACCCACCAUGGGUCCUUUGCAUCGAACCUUCGGUCCCUUGUCCAUUGCGAACAUGGGUCUACAGGUGUCAGGGGAACGACUCUCCAUCCAUCUAGAUGCCAGUCUUCAGAUCGGCCCGAUUGAGUUUGGCGUGCUUAACUUGCGCUUAGAAUUCACCUUCCGAGAGAAAUCAACUUUGGCUGAUUUCAGGAACAUCACUGUGACCCCGUAUCUCGACGGGCUCCAGGCGGAUUUUAAUCAACCGCCUCUGACCAUUGCUGGUCUCUUCGUCAAGAGAGAUGAGAUCUAUAGUGGGGGUGUCGAUGUUUCAAUGGAGCCUUACACGUUCAUGGCAGUUGGGACGUAUGGCCAGAUGGACGAAGAUGUGAGCGGCAUGGUAUGGCCGGCCAGCGAGCAACCGCCAAAGCCUGCAACGGGAACACCGGCACAAUUCAAGACAAUCUUUGUGUACGGCGAGCUCGAUGGCCCUAUUCUUGACUUGGGGUUCAUGGAAAUCGUUGGUGUCAAACUGGGGUUUGGUUACAAUUCCAGGUUACGGAAUCCCGAUCUCCCGCAGCUCUCGAUCUUCCCGUUUAUCCAGUCACAAAGCUUGAUACCAUCCACCAGUGCCAACAACAACCCCCUCGAAAUCCUAUCCGGUUUCUGUGCUCCAGUCCCCUUAACAGAUCCGACGCCAUGGGUGUCGCCAAAGAAUGACUCUCUCUGGUUUGCAUUAGGUUUGACGAUUGUUGCCUUUGAGAUGUUAACCGUGAGUGCUAUUGUAGUUGUGGAUCUACAACCCAGCGUUAGUCUCCACAUCUUCGCUGAUGCUAUCGCGGCCUUGCCUGGAGACGGAAGCGAUGCAAACGACUCGUUUGUCUAUGCCGAGAUACAGAUUGUUUCCUGUGUCACCUUUGAUCUUGGUUCAAUGAUGGCUGACGGGAAGCUUGCCCCAAAUUCAUUCCUUCUAGACCCAGCCUGUCAUCUGGGCGGUCAAUUUGGAAUGCGGUAUUGGUUCGGCAAAUCAUUCUAUGCCGGGGAUUGGGUUUAUACUGUUGGUGGGUAUCAUCCAGCCUACCAUGCCCCUCAACAUUACCCGUCGUGCGAGAGAAUAUCUAUAAGCUGGGAAUUGGAUUCUAACCUCAGCAUGACUGGGGCAGCCUAUUUUGCCAUCACGCCCAAGGCGGCAAUGGGUGGGGGCAGUCUUUCCGCGGUGUUCAUUCUUGGUCCUCUAUCCGCCCACUUCGACGCGUACGCCGAUUUCCUGAUCAACUUCAACAAAUUUUACUUCCAAGGUGAUAUCGGCGUCUCAGUUGGUAUCGAGUUCUCGAUGGACCUCUUCUUCUUUACGCUCCAUAUAAGCUGCGACAUCGGUGCUACACUCGAGAUCGAGGGCCCGCCCUUCGGUGGUAUUGCCCAUGUCGACUUCUGGGUCUUCGGCUUUGACAUUGCCUUUGGCCACUCGCCUGUUACUCCUCGCGCCCUUAUUUGGAAUGAAUUUUGGGAUUUACUGGUGCAAAAAAGCACUAACGCCAGCUUAGCCGCUCACGGGGCUAAGCUACCUGCUGAUGUCCCUGCCACUGCAGGCGCAAAUACCACUUUCAUUUUCAACGUUGUCUCUGGGUCCAUUCCGUCCAAGGCACAGAUGCACACACCAGCCCAAGGUGGACCGCCGGCAGCUCCAAGUGUCGAAUCAGAGCCUACGGCCCAAGUAAAGCCACAAUCGAAAUUGACAACUGGUCCGCUCAGUGCCGGGGCAGACUGGAUGGUUCGCGCCGGCACCUUUUCUUUUCGAGUAGAUAGCAAAGUUCCUUUUACCGAGUACUCUUGCAACGGUGCGACACCGGUCAAAUUCGACCCUGCCGACUGCACAUUCUUCAUCAAGCCGAUGCACAUUGAUGAAAGAAUCGACAGUUCUUCCCUGAAGGUGACUAUAACGUCCCCCGAUGUUCCUCAGGAUGAAAUUGGCGAGUUUGGAAUCUCAGUCGUCACCAAGUUGGCUCCAUCGUCAAUCUGGAGUUGCUAUGAUCAACAUGCGGACCCUUCCAUCCCCAAUGGCGAUUACUCGGAAUUGCUCAAACCAGACAACCCCACAAUUUCUCUUCCAAUGUCUCUUCAAUUCCACGUUCCGAAGCCCACCUUAAUGGGGAUGAUUCCAGAAUUCAACGCCAUGGAAGCAAUUUCCAAAGAUGUCAAUACAGAUGGCGUGCCGGACCCGAGCAUUCCCUCCUCCGGUAUCCUAGCGCAGACCAGCUGUUUGCCGACUUAUCGUUGCUCCGUUGAUGGCUCUGACUCCAUUUCAGCAUGGAAGAACGCCGAGAAUUUAUGGCGUAGCAGCAUCUCGCGGAGGGCAGCGGCGAUUGACGGUUGGAUCGGCUUCUUUGGUUGGGAGAAGGAGGAAUUGAACCGGGAUGUGCCCGUAGCUUUGAUUGCUGAGUUUGAGCAGGUGUUUUUGGCCGGACCAUUUCCAUCUGUAAAGCAGCGUUCUCAACAGUCAGUACUACGGGCCGUAUCUAUUACGGGUUACGACUUAGCUCAGCAGUUAAGAGCUGAUGUUAGGCCCUGCUGUAGGUAAUACAGUCCGUAGGUGUAGGAAAGCUCCCGUAGAUGCCGUAACUGCUGAUUAGCUAG